AUGAAAGGUUUAAUUUUAGUAGGUGGUUACGGUACAAGGUUGAGACCAUUGACACUAACGGUGCCAAAGCCUCUGGUGGAGUUUGGUAACAGACCCAUGAUUCUGCACCAGAUCGAGGCUCUGGCCAACGCAGGGGUCACAGACAUCGUUCUGGCCGUCAACUACAGACCGGAGGUGAUGGUGGAGACGCUGAAGAAGUACGAGAAGGAGUACGGUGUCUCGAUCACGUUUUCCGUGGAGACGGAGCCAUUGGGCACGGCGGGUCCUUUGAAGCUGGCCGAGGCGGUUUUGAAAAAGGACAAGUCGCCGUUCUUCGUGCUGAACUCGGAUGUCAUCUGUGACUACCCCUUCGAGGAGCUGGCCAAGUUCCACAAGGCGCACGGAGGCCAGGGUACCAUUGUCGCCACCAAGGUCGACGAGCCAUCCAAGUACGGUGUCAUCGUGCACGACAUCGCAACGCCAAAUCUGAUCGACAGGUUUGUGGAGAAGCCGGUCGAGUUCGUCGGUAACAGAAUCAACGCAGGUCUGUACAUUUUGAACCCGGAGGUCAUCGACUUGAUCGACUUGAAGCCAACCUCGAUCGAAAAGGAGACUUUCCCGAUCCUCGUCGAGCAAAAAUCGCUAUAUUCGUUCGACUUGGAAGGCUACUGGAUGGAUGUGGGUCAGCCAAAGGACUUCCUUUCUGGUUCCGUCCUGUACUUGAACUCCUUGUCGAAGAGACACCCCGAGAGAUUGGCCACUGGCCCCAAUAUCGUCGGUAACGUUCUUGUUGACCCAAGUGCCAAGAUCAGCGAAACAGCUAAAGUUGGUCCUGACGUCGUUAUUGGUCCAAACGUUACCAUUGGUGAUGGUGUGAGAAUCACAAGAUCUGUGGUUCUCUCGAACUCGACUAUCAGAAACCACUCACUGGUUAAAUCGACUAUUGUCGGCUGGUCGUCUACCGUCGGUCAAUGGUGUCGUCUGGAAGGUGUUACCGUAUUGGGUGAUGAUGUCGAAGUUAAAGAUGAAGUUUACAUCAAUGGAGGUAAAGUUUUGCCUCACAAGUCAAUUUCUGCUAAUGUUCCUAAAGAAGCUAUUAUUAUGUAA